UACGGUGACCAGGGUACUUCAUUCGCCGACAGCUCAUCAUCUGUUUCCAAGAUAUCGAUCCUGAGCAAUCCCGCUCCUGACGACAGAAUAUCGCGCGAAACUUUUGCUUGCCGACAGAGAUCACAGCCUGCGACGGGCGCAGACCUACAAACAACAACCACAAUUGGCCGACGAAGUUACACCUGCCGGGUGGCAGGACAGAUCGCAUCACCAUGGAGCCAGUUAGGAGGGCCAGGGGUGCAUCGACUCGCGCGAUCCAGCUACCAUCAUUAGACGACGACAAGAGCAGUAGAAGCAAGAGCAAGACAUUGUCGUCAAAGCUAGACUUUUUCAAGAAGCCCCUCAAACUACGGGGGAAUUCAUCGGUAUCCGUACCAAUGGGGGUGAUAAUCGUUUUUCCAACAUUGGUUCUGGUCUUGAUACUGGUGCUCUUCGUGAUGCACCCUGGCUCUUCCUCGCAAUCAUUGAUGCCCGCAGGGGCGUCUCCAGCCAUCAGGAAAAUCAGCGAGAAGCACGACAAGGUCUUCGCGACGGGCUGCCUCGAACCAGACACUUCGCAACCUCGCGCCAAUGCCGCCUUUGUCGUCCUUGCACGCAACAAGGAGCUUGACGGCGUCAUUCAGUCGAUCAAGUCCGUCGAGCGCCACUUCAAUCGAUGGUACCACUAUCCGUACGUCUUCCUCAAUGACGUCGAAUUCAACGAGACAUUCAAAGAAACGGUGGCGAAAUAUGCAUCCUCGAACGUCGAAUUCGGGGUGGUAGAACCGCAUACAUGGGGCUUCCCUGACUGGAUCGACCCCAAGGUGGCCAAGGAGGGCAUUGCGAAGCAAGGCGACGCAGCGGUCAUGUACGGAGGGCUAGAGAGUUACCACGCAAUGUGUCGUUUCUACUCCGGGUUCUUCUACAACCACCCGUUGCUGCAGAAGUAUGAGUGGUACUGGCGCGUCGAGCCCGAGAUUACAUACUUCUGUGACAUUACAUACGAUCCGUUCCUCAAAAUGAUUGAGGCCAACAAGACAUAUGGUUUCACAAUUGCCGUCAAGGAGCUUCGCGAGACGGUUCCCAACAUCUUUCGAUAUGCUUCGGCGUACAAGCGUCUCAACAACAUCAAAUCCCAAGGCAUGUGGGAGAUGUUUGUGGAACCCCAGCCGGAGGAGGAGUUGAAGGACGUUGAAAAUGACAAGAACCCUCCACUCGCGGAAGAAAUCCUGGAGAGUGACCACAGAAAGCACUCACAUGAGAAGAUUGACCCCGAAGCGAUGGAGGGCGAAAAGUACAACAUGUGCCACUUUUGGUCCAAUUUUGAGAUUGCGCGCCUCAGCUGGUUCCGCAGCAAGGAGUACAACGACUUUUUCGAGAUGAUGGACCGCAGCGGCGGCUUCUGGAUGGAGAGAUGGGGAGAUGCUCCCAUUCAUUCACUGGCCGCCGGCGUUCUGUUGUCACCGAAGGACAUCCAUUACUUCCGUGACUUUGGCUACCGACACACGACAAUCCAGCACUGUCCGGCCAAUGCGCCUGACGCCCAAUUACCACGAGAACCGUAUUUCGAAAUGGCAGACCCUAAUGAGAAGCGUCGCAAAGAAGAAGACGCGUACUGGGCCGAUUAUGACGAAGAGAGAGAAAACGGUGUCGGGUGUCGCUGCCGCUGCGAUACCGACAUUGUCGAUGUGGAGGGCAAAGACGGCUCAUGCCUUGCGGAGUGGGUGGAUGUUGCGGGCGGCUGGGCCAGCCCAUGAUGAUCUCUGUACAUUGUUUGUCUUUGGGGCUACGUAAUUAGAAUUGGGGUUGGUUGGACGCUUUGCAAGAGACGGGAGACUCUCAAACGACGACGGCGGCAAUAGGUGGCUUUCAGCGACCGGCGUUUUCACUUUGGCUGAUUUUCCUUUUAUGAGGCUAUACCACAUAGAGUUGGAAAAGUUUGGCAUAGACAUACAGAGGUUUACGAAACUGUAGUAUUCUGGGUAAAGGGGUAGUUGAUUGGAGUGCAGCUCGGCUCAUGAAGAGUCUUUCUC